UCACUGUGCAACCACGUGGGGAGCAAAGCAGUCAGGAGACGAGACUUAUAAAUCUGAUGAGAGCAUAUCGACAUCUGUCACUGGGUCGAGCUACAUGGGCUUCCCAAGGUUACCGAGCUUGUGCUGAGCAAAUCAGGCGACUUAUAUUUAGCCUUGCAAAUGGCGCACUAUGGAUUAUGUCUUGGGGCUCUCCAGUUUCGUCUUCAGUGCGUUUCGUUGCAUGAAGGGAGGGUUGUGGAUCUCCAAAAGGCUGCUGUUCAGGUGAGGAGGAGGCCAACUUCAUGGUUUCAGACCAUCUCUCCUUUGACUUAAAGUCACCUUCUUUCCUUCUCACUGAACUCCAUUUUCUCCCGUGUACACGUGCCCUCCGUCUGGGCAAAGGUGCGUUUAUCUUCACUGUUCUACAGAAACUAGAGGGGAUAUCAGACAUUCGAGCUGGACUGUCAGUUCUCUGGGCGAGAGCUGCAACGCAUACCAGCAGGAGCCGGCCAGCGUAACUGGACUAUCAAAGAUUUUUUUCACCGGGGUGUUGAGGUUCGGGAUCAAAGACUGUCAUGGAUGUACUUGCUUUAGAGGCAAAGAAUGUAAAUGGGGCAGACGCUGAAAAGAAGUCUGCUCCGAGGCCAAAACCAAAAGCACCCAAAAAGGCUAAAAGGAUUGUUUACUUUGAGGUUGAGAUUUUGGACUUGAAGACUAAAGAGAAACUCCUGCUUCUGGACAAGGUGGAACCAACUUCCACCAUUUUGGAUAUUAAAGCUUUGUUUCACAAGUCAUAUCCAAAGUGGUAUCCAGCCAGACAAUGCCUGCGUUUGGAUCCAAAGGGCAAGAGUCUCAGAGAUGAGGAAGUUCUCCAAACACUUCCUGUGGGAACCACGGCCAGCUUUUACUUCGGUGACCUCGGACCCCAACUCACAUGGGGAACAGUGUUCCUCGCGGAGUGUGCAGGUCCUCUGAUCCUCUACCUAAUGUUCUACUUCCGCCUUCCCUUCAUCUACCCUCCAAAAUAUGACUUCACCACCAGCAAGCACUGGAUCGUACACUUGGCCUGCAUGUGUCACUCUUUCCACUACAUCAAGAGGAUUCUGGAGACAAUGUUUGUCCAUCGUAUUUCCCACGGGACCAUGCCCCUGAGAAACAUAUUUAAGAACUGUGGCUAUUACUGGUGCUCUGCAGCUUGGAUGGCAUAUUACAUCAACCAUCCUCUUUACACCACACCGUUUUACGGGCAGCAGCAGGUGAACGCAGGCUUAUAUAUUUUCUUGUUCUGUCAGGUUGGGAAUUUCUCCAUCCACGUCGCACUGCGUAACCUGAAACCACCAGGUUCAAAAGUCAAGAAGAUUCCUUACCCGACGAAAAAUCCCUUCACCUGGAUAUUCUGGCUGGUCUCUUGUCCGAACUACACAUACGAACUGGGAUCCUGGAUCGGCUUCACAGUGAUGACCCAGUGUGUGCCUGUGGCUUUCUUCACUCUUGUGGCCUUCAUCCAGAUGACUGUGUGGGCUAAAGGCAAACAUCGCAGCUACUUAAAGGAGUUUAGAGAUUAUCCCACGCUCCGCUCCUCCAUACUGCCCUUCAUCCUGUAAAGCCAGAGAGAGAAAACAACCAUUCUGACACAUUCAAUUCCUCACAGGCUGAGUUUCUUUACGGAUCUCUUCAUUGAUUGGGUUGUUGACACUAAAUGCAUUUUGGUUCUGUUGACUCAGUGUUCUACUUCUGUUGAGAGGAGUAACCAAGGGGAAAGCGUAGGACCGUUACAGGGAAAUGACAAUGGAGAAAUGCAGCAAAGUCUUACUUUUUGUGUUGUAAGUUAUUUGUUCUUUUGAGUUUGUAAAAAAAACAAAAAACAUAUUCAUACAUAUAUAUGUAUAUAUAUGUAUACAUACAUAAACAUGUGUGCACUCACAGAGAUCCCAGUACUUUCACAGCUUUGGCAGCCUAAUCAGAAAAGUGUCCCACUGAGAUGAGAAACCACAUCUGCAUGAUUAACCUGCAGCCUGGAGCUGAAAACGUUGUAUAAUCAUGCAACUUAUCAGGUAAAAAUGAUAACAACACCUUUGACACCUUUUCACAACGGUAAUAUGAGCUAAAAUGAACUUUGGUGUGUUUAAAAAUCAGAAUCCUGCUAUAAUAUUUCUGACAUUUCUGUUUUCUGAGAAUUUUAAAUUUUAAUUUAAAAUUCUGUUUACAAUGUUUGACUCAGUGGAUGUAAUAUUCUAACCCACAUUUAAUAAAACUUCAGGAAACGACUGUACAGAGACAUGAGCUUUAUUUGUGACUGGAAGAAGUGUUUGUAUUACAGAUAAAAGGGGAGGCAGACUACUCGAUGUGGAAUGUUACAUUUAAAGCGGCGGGGUUAGAAAGAACAAAAACCACAAAGCAAGAUCCGAACUGUAAACAGGUAACAUAAAAUAUUGCAUUUCAUAGAGAUCUGCUCUGUAAACAAAAGUUGAUCGCCUGAACUAAAUUUAAAAUAUAUUCAGUGCAAUAUUUCUUGCAAGUUUAUUAUUUAAUUUGCUUAUGAAUUAAAGCACAUUUUUAUUAAGCUGCAUAUUUUCUGGAAUUGUUUCCCCAAAUUAAUUAUUGUUGGACCACAAACAUCUAAUUAAGACGAGACAAAAAAAAUAAUAACAACAAAUAAAAAACAUCAAGUACUUGUAAAUCACAAGGGUUAUAUCUCAGUUUCCAAAUACACUGAAGACAUAACCCAAAUCAGCAGCUACUAGUGGAAUGAUAAGUAAGGAAUAAAAUUCUGUGCAAACACAUUUAUAGUCCGACUUAACCAGCAUUUGAUGAGAUUUGAUGAGACGGAAAAGCACAGCUGAUGUUGUCCAUGUUGCUGCGUGGCCGUCUCCUUUUGGACCAGAGCCGGCCGGUGCCGUCCCACAAAAGUCCAUUUUCUCUGGUGGUCCACUUGCUGCUCGGCUCGGCUCCCGUGGCGGCCUGCAAUAAGCUAAUGCUUUACAAACGCAGGAAGGUCACUGCUGCUCCACUUAAAAAAAAAAAAAAAAAAGUACUGUCCCCUGCAGUCUACCCGGUCCACAGCGGGGCCACAGGGCUGAAAUGAAAACCAUUUGAAUACCAAAGACCACAAUGAGAGGUAGGAUGACUGUCUUUCAGUUUCUGGUCAUUCUCACAGUGAAGGUGAAUUCCACCGCAGCCUCCCC